AGUUACACCGCGCUCGGCGCGCAGACCACGCGCUCCACGCCCGGCGAUGUCGUCGCGAUCCCAGUGCUAGUGCAGUGUUCCGCCAUGGUAGCGAUGGUAGCCUCCGCCUCUGGAUACGGCACUCUGCGCCGGUUUCUGAGUGCUCCAGAAGGCGCCGACACGAACAACCCUAGCGCAGUACCCGGCGCCUCGGUAGCCGUCUCGUCGAAGCAGCGUGCUUCGAUCAAAUGGUUGCUCUCGAAGGCGUUCAACAACAGGGUACCGGACAAUCUUCAGGAGCCGUUCUAUCGGGAUCAUGAGGAUCAGGAGCACCUGAAGCCGCCCAUUGUGGGCGGGCUGGCGAGCGCGGAGCUGUACUGCCUGGCGCUGGCGAACAUGUACUCGGACCCGAACUACCACAGCCUCAACCACUGGAACAUCCUGCAGACGCUGGCGCGCAAGGGCGUGCCCGUGGCCGCGCCUGCCGACGCGCCGCUCACCGAGACCGUCCUCAUACAGAACAACCCCCUGCGGAUGAGCGCGCACAUGGCGGUGGUGGAGGCGCUGAUGGCGCUGUACGCGCGCGAGGUGGUGACGGCGGAGCGCGUGGCGGCCGCGGCGCAGCGGCUCGGCGGCGCGCCCCCGCCGCACCCCUGCUCGCCCGAGGACGGCCUGCUGUGCUGGCUCAACGCCGCCGCCACCGCCUUCAACAGGGCCGAGGAGACGAGUGGGUCGGGCGGGUCGGGCGGGGCGGGCGGCGUGGCGGCGGUGCGCAGCGUGCAGGACGUGUGCUCGGGCACGGCGCUGGCCGCGCUGGUGGCGUGGUACUGCCCCGAGGCGCUGCCGCGCGCCGCGCUGCGCCUCGCGCGCGCCGCCUCGCUGCACGACUGCCGCCACAACCUCAACCUCGUGCACCGCUUCUGCCGCACGGCGCUGCCGCACGACUGCUUCCACAUGCUGCCCGAGGACGUCAUCUACAUGCGCGGGUCCAUGCGGCAGAACCUGGUCGCGCUGCUGGCGGACCUGUUCAACAUGCUGGAGGUGCACCCCGUGCACGCGGCGCAGCGUGCGCCACAGGCGGACGCGGACAGCAACGCGUGGGGCGUGCGCCACAAGCGCCACCUGCCGCCGCCCCCGCCCACGCCCAUCCCCGACCUGCGCGGGGACCGCGACCGUGACCGCGACCGUGACCGCGACCGUGACCACGCGCCCUUCGCAGGUACCCGCGUGUCCGUGUGCGCACCGCUAGGGAAGGCAACCCGCGGACGAUCACUGUUGGGGCGGUCCCCGUCGUCGUGCGCGGCGCGGCGGGGCGCGGGGGCGAGCGCGGCGGGCGCGGGGGGCGCGGGGGCGAGCGCGGCGGGCGCGGGGGGCGUGGCGCGCUCGGCCUGCUCCACGCCCGAGCGGCGCAGCUGCAGCCCGCCGCGCGACGAGUUCACCGUGCACCGCGGCCGCGCCAUCACCACGCUGUCGGCCAUGCUGCGGCGCGACCUGCCGGACGCGGGCGGGCCGGGCGGCGGGCCGGGGGAGCCCGCCGUGGCGGCGGGCCGCCCGUCGGCGUGGGGCGGGUCGCGCGAGGGCAGCUUCGCGGGCCGCCGCUCGCGCCGCUCGUCCGUGUCGGACGACAGCCAGCUCACGCUGGAGAACUUCGGCGGCUCGCACGACGCGCCGCACUUCGCGCGCAACCCCGAGAAGGAGCUCGCCACGCUCACCUCGCUGCAGCACGCCAACAACCACGGCAACCUCAAUCACAACCCACCGCUACGAUCGUCGCGGCAAGACAUCCGCGGCUCACUUCAGUUCAUGCACGGCGACUUCAACGGCGAUGGAAACACGGGAACGAGGAACGCGGGGGACAUGAGGAAUACGGGAAACGCGGGGAACAUGAGCAACAUGGGGAAUGCGGGGAACAUGAGCAAUGCGGGGAAUGCGGGGAACAUGAGCAAUGCGGGGAAUGCGGGGAACAUGAGCAAUGCGGGGAAUGCGGGGAACAUGGGCGGUGCGGGGGACGCGCCCGAGCGGGACUGCCCGGACGGCGAGCGGCUCGUCACCAGCUUCGCCACGCUGGCGCGGCCGCACCACAACGGGAACGGGGACGGGGAGCAGAUAGGCCAGCACAUAGACAAACAGGAGAGAGACAGAGAGCGGCGCAAGAGCACGUCGUUCAUAACGCCCGCUACCAACACCACGACAUGGCAGCAGCAGUGUCUGCAGCACGAGCACCAGCCUAACGGCGACGAAUUGUUAGACGACAGUGGAGGGGACGGUGACGGGCUGGGCGGGCUGGGCGGGCUGGGGGCGCUGGGGGCGCUGGGGGCGCUGGGGGGCGGCGCGGGGGCGGGCGGCGCCAUGGCCGCGCAGCUCAACAACAUCCGGCUGAAGCUGGAGGAGAAGCGGCGCCGCAUCGAGCUGGACAAGCGGCGCCUGGAGCUGGCCCUCACGCGCCAGCGCCAGCACCUCGGCCACCAGGCCUUCCUGCAGGCCGUCACCAGGGAUACAUAUUUGCAAUACCAGCUGGCCUCCCUGGGCAAGGGGCGCGGCGCGGACGGCGCCGACGACAAGCAGCCCGGCGGGAACAGCGCGCAGGAUGUGGUCCCCGAAGCGCCGAGCCAGACAGCAGAAAAUACAGCCUUAGAACAAUAUCAGCAAUCGAUAGCGAAAAUGAACUCGAGUUUACAAGACAUACAGAGCGACAUAGCGCGACUCGCGAGCCAACAGAAUCAGUUACAGCAGCAGCAACAACAGCAGCAGCAGCAACAACUUCAACAGCAACAACAACAGCUGCAACAGCAACUGCAGCAGCAACAGCAGCAACUCCAGCAGCAGUUGCAACAGCAACAGGCGAAACAGCUGUUUCAACAGCAACAACAUUUCCAACAUUAUCAACCGAACAUUCCACAAUUACACAGCGCGUUCAGCUCGCAGCAGAACGUGGCGCGCGCGGCGCUGAGCGCGUUCGGCUCCACGCCGCAGCUGGCGCCCUACGAGCCCGAGCCCGAGCCGCACCUGCCGCACCUGCCGCAGUACCGCGCCAUCGAGCCCGACACCGCGCGCCAGUUCUUCCUGCACGACGCGCCGCACGUGCCGCACGCGCCGCACACGCCGCCGCAGCCGCAGCGCCGCACCUGGGCGCAGCACGCGCACCACGCGCAGCUGCAGCAGCACGUGCACGACCACGCCGAGCUAAGGGGCUGGCAGUUACAUCACCAGAACCAACAAUCGAACUCGUUCUCUCAGCCGGUGGAUCCGCCCCGCGCGUGGAAGUCUCCCUCCCCGGCGCCGGGCAGCGAGCGCGGGCGCUGGUCCCCGCAGGCCUUCGUGCUGCACGAGCGGGGCGAGCGGGGGGAGUGGGGGGAGCCCGCGUACAACGGCACGGGCCCGCCCAACCACGCGAGCUACUCGGCGGAGUCGCCGGCGGCCAGCCCGCGGCGCGCGCGCACGCCGCAGCGCACCGCCUCGCUGCCCGACGCCGACGACAUGCGGCCGCAGAACAUCUCGUUCAUCGGCAGCGCGGAGGACGAGCUGCCGGCCGUGGGCCGCCUGCACAUCUCGUCGGGCACGCGCACGUACCGCCUGCCCUCGCCCACGCGGCCGGCGCUGGCGCGCGACUCGUUCGAGCGCGAGCCGGCCGAGCGGCCCGAGAAGGGCUUCUACAUCUCGUUCGACGACGAGCAGCCCAAGCGCGCCAAGCCGCCGCUGCGCAAGCGCGGCUCGCCCCGCAAGGAGCGCGCCAGCCCCGAGCGGCCCGACCAGCCCGACUGGCCCGACCGGGAGGAGCCCUUCGUGGUGCAUAGAAAUACGCCACUCGAACAUACAGAGUCAAGAGAUUCUCGCGAUUCGCGUGAAAUGCGAGACACGCGAGAUAUGCGGGAUAUGCGAGAUGCACGGGAAGCGCGAGAUACGCGGGAUGUACGGGAUGUACGUGACACGCGGGAUGUACGGGAUGUACGUGACACGCGGGAUGUACGGGAUGCACGAGACGUGCGGGACACGCGGGAGCCGAACGAGACGCGCGCGUCGCCGGCGCGGGACAGCAUCGCGCGGCAGACGCAGCGCCUCACCAACGAGCCCGCGCCCGCGCCCGCUGCGCUCGUCAUCGGCGAGCUCGAGCCCGACCCCAACAGCGCGGAGGAGAUGGAGCGCAAGAAGGAGCGCAUCAUGCUGCUGUCGCUGCAGCGGCGCCAGCGCGCGGAGGAGGCGCGCGCGCGCAGCGAGGCGAGCGCGGCCGCGCGGCGUGCGCGCGACGAGGCCGAGCGCGAGCGCCGCGCCGCGCGCAGGGAGCUGCAGGCGCGCCGCCGGGACGCCAUCCUGCACGACUACAAGCUCAAGAAGGCCAUGGAGGAGGCCGAGCGGGAGGGCAAAGUGUUCGAGAAGUCAGAGUUCAUGGAGUCGCUGAACCGCGUCGGUGGAGGGGCGGGGGGCGGCGGGGGUGGUGGGGGCGGCACGGGCGGGGGCACGGGCACGACGCGCCUGCGCGGCAAGGCGGCGGGGCGCGCGCGCCCCAAGACCAUCCACGUGGACAGCGGCGCGCUGCACGCCGCCGAGGGGCUGCUGCACGCGCAGCCCGCCGCCACCAACCUGCCCGGCGCGCGCCGGGACUACUACCGCGGCUCGCAGGACAACUUGCUGGAGCGCCCCUACAGAGAGUCGCCGGUGGAGGAGCGCGGCGCCAUGUCGCCGGGCAGCGCGGGCAGCGCGCCGCUCGCGGGCAGCGGGCCGCUCGCGCGCCGCGGCUCCUGCAAGACCUCAAGAGAGCGGGUCAGUGACGAACCGCCGACGACACGUGGAAGGUCUAAAUAUUCCACUUACCAGAGUAACUUUAAGGCGGGGAGGAAAUCUAGCUCUCUAAUGAACUUGUGCGGUAAGCCACGUUUGAUUCGCCACUUUGCCGCGCCCGCUUCCGUGGCCGCGCGCGGGGGCUGCCCGCAGCCCGCAGCCCGCAGCCCGCAGCUGGGUGCAGCCGGCUGCAGCCCGCAGCCCGCAGCCCGCAGCUGGGUGCAGCCGGCCGCAGCCCGCAGCCCGCAGCCCCCGCGCCUCCGUGAAAUCGCCACUGGGUAUAUCGCGUGUCGGUUGUCGCGCGGCGCUACAAGUGCGGUGUCCGCAGACUCGGGGCUGGGCCGCGCCACGCCGCCGCGCCGCGCCGCGUCGCCCGGGCUGCGCGCGCUGGCCUCGCCCGCCGCGCCCUACCCCGCCGCGCCCUACCCCGCCUCGCCCGCCUCGGGGCCCGGCUCGCUGCCCGGCGCCAUCGGCAAGCGCCGCGCGCACGACGACACCUCCGACGUCUCCUCCACGCACUCCUCCAUCAUGGACUACUCGGGCCCGCGGCUGUACAAGCAGCCGGCCACCAAGUCGAACCGCGGCAUCAUGCUGAACGCCGUGGAGUACUGCGUGUUCCCGGGCGCCGUGAACGCGGAGGCCAAGCGGCGCGUGCUGGAGGAGAUCGCGCGCUCGGAGAGCAAGCACUUCCUGGUGCUGUUCCGGGACGCGGGCUGCCAGUUCCGCGCGCUCUACGCGUACUGCCCCGACACCGACCUCGUCACCAAGCUCUACGGCACCGGGCCCAAGACCGUCAACGACCGCAUGUUCGACAAGUUCUUCAAGUACAACUCGGGCAGCAAGUGCUUCUCGCAGGUGCACACGAAGCACCUGACGGUGACCAUCGACGCGUUCACGAUCCACAACUCGCUGUGGCAGGGCAAGAAGGUGCAGCUGCCCAGCAAGCGGGACAUGGCGCUCGUCAUCUAGUCGCUGUGUCGCGCGGCGAGUUACGGUGCUACUUUCCUUUCAUGUAAUAUAAACUCGAGCUUUAAAACACGUCGUUUCGUGUUGAACGCAAUCGUUCGGAUCGCUUAACCGCCGCGGGAAGUAGUGCCGAAUGCCGCUCGGCGUUCCAUCACAAACCGUACGAUAGUCGUUUUAUGUAGGAAUAAUUUCGUCACAAAAUCAUUUUUUAUAAAAAUGUGUAGGCGUAAGUGUUGAAGUGUGAACGGUGGACGAGUCCGCCGCGGGCGGAUGCCAUAUGUGUUAGUGAGAGCGCCGGUCGCGCGCCGGUCGCAGUCGCGUCGCAGUCGCGUCGCGUCGCAGUCGCGUCGCAGUCGCGUCGCGUCGCAGUCGCCAGUCGCAGUAACAAGCUCACGAACUAACCGCUUGCUCGUCGUUUAACUCGCUGCGAACGCAGGGCCCGAUCAUUAAAUAUUAAAGUUACAUUUUUUACCGCUUGUAUAGCUAAAGUAAGGACGAGGCACAUUUUACGUGGUAAUUGUACUGCCUUAUUCUGUAAAUAAUUGUUUUCUUUUUGUAUACAGCUAUUUAUUAAAAGAAUGUUAAAAGAAAAUUGAUGAAUGUCAUUUUUCAUUGUUCGAUGAUCGGUCAUCAAUUAUAUACUACCGAUAGUGUAUGGUAUGCAAAUAUAUUGUAUUAUUAAAACCAUAACGAAAUAAUAUUGAAUUUCAUAUUAA